GCCGGGGUCAAAGUUCGUGUUGACAUCCGCUCACUAGCUGCUAUCUAAUGGCUGAAUUAGACAUUGGAAAGCAUUGUCAGAUCGAUUCCUGUAAUCAGAAAGAUUUCCUUCCUUUUGUUUGUGAUCUCUGUAGCGGUGUUUUCUGCCGUGAGCACAGAAGCAGAGAGGCCCAUUCAUGUUCAGUGGAGCCAGUGAAAAGGGAGUCUCAGGCUGUGGGUGGCAGUACAAGUUAUCCAUGCUCAUUUCAAGACUGCAGGGGAAAAGAGGUGUUGCCAGUAGUAUGUCCACACUGUGAAAAACAUUUCUGUUUGGCUCAUCGUCAUCAAGAUGAUCACAAGUGUGAGAAGUUGGAGGUCCAAAAGCCUCGAAUGGCAGCCACAAAGGAGCUAGUGGAAAAGAUUGUUGCGUCAAAGGAUGGAUCCAAAAGUAAAGGACGCAGAGGAGCAAAGAACAGUGCAACAGCAGCUAAGGUGGCGUUAAUGAAACUAAAGCUGCAUGCUGCAGGAGACAAGGGGCUGCCACAGACAGAAAGAACCUAUUUCCAAGUGUAUCUUCCUAAAGAAUCCAAAGACUCCAGCCAACCCAUGUUCUUCUGUUCCAAAUGGAGUGUGGGAAAAGUGGUGGAUUACGCAGCCUCUCUAGCUAGCCUCAAGAACAGCAAUAAUGUACUGACAGCUAAGAAGCUGAGGUUAUGUCACCCUCAGACAGGUGAAGCUUUCCGGAUGGACGACAAGUUGCUCUCGCUGCUGGCUCACCCAGAAACUCCCCUGUACAACGGGGGUAAUGUGAUCCUGGAGUACCUGGACAAUGAGUGCACAGGCCUGGAGGAUGUGUCUGACUAUAUCACACAGACAUGACAAAUCAAUACCAGCUACUGCAUGGAUGAUUUCUGUAUGCUAUUUGUAUUUUCCUCAAUAAAAUAUUGUUUUCAAAUA